AUAUUGCAAUGAUAGCAGUGCGUCCUUAAUUUUUGAUCGGGAUCGGUAUCCGUUUUAGUUUACAUUUUGCUCGUUUUGAUCUCCAGUUUCCUUCCUAUCCAAAAAUAACUGGUGGUGUCUGAGUACAUUUUCUCCAAAAGAUCAAUAAUUCAGCAGACAUGGGUGAUGGGUAUGUAUUUAUGACAAUUAAAUGCGCAAAUAUAUUCGCCUGGGAAUGCCUUCGAUCGUGAAUUCAUUAGUAUAACUGAUGAUCAGCUGACCAGUAGUCAUUCAUAAUUUGACCUUAUUAGAGAGUAAGGAGCGAGGAGUGAGGAAAGAUGUCGGAUACAUCAUUUAGUGUGGCUAAGUUUUUAUCCAACAAGAAGUCUAUGCUGCAAAAUUUAAUUGAUAAAUUUAUAUCGAAAGGAGAAGGGGAAAAUUCAGUAGGUUUAAUUGAUAUGCAGAGUCCAAGCUUUGAGGAAGUGAAUUCAAUAGCACAGUCUAUCCAGAAGAGAACAAAACACCAUCCAAAGAUCGGCAUUGUGUGUGGAUCAGGGCUGGGCUCACUGGCAGAUGAGGUGCAAGAUCCGGAAAUUAUCCCCUACAAUGAGAUUCCAACCUUCCCGGUCAGCACAGUGCCGGGACACAUGGGAAAAUUGGUAUUUGGUAACUUGGAGGGAAAGCCGGUAGUGUUAAUGAGGGGACGAUUACACUGUUACGAGGGUUAUCCAAUGUGGAAGACUACAAUUCCAAUCCGAGUAAUGAAGAUGCUUGGUGUCACUACCGUAAUACUGACAAAUGCUGCAGGAGGCAUCAAUCCAGAUUUUAAUGUCGGAGACCUGAUGAUUAUUCGGGAUCAUAUAGACAUGCCAGGCCUAACUGGGGAAUGUGUUCUGCGAGGAGCGAAUGAUGAAAGAUUUGGUCCGCGUUUCCUGGCUACAGUAGAUACGUAUGAUGCAGGUCUGCGUGCAUCCUGUAAAGAAGUUUUUGAACAGCUAGGGCUCAGUAAACUCAUGAGGGAGGGAACUUACGUUAUGAUUGGGGGACCAACAUUUGAAACUGUAGCCGAGUCGAGGUUAUUGAAAGCCUUUGGUGGAGAUGCAGUAGGCAUGAGUACGGUUGCAGAGUCCAUUGUAGCCAGACACAUGGGAAUGAAGGUUUUUGGUCUGUCGUUAAUCACAGACAUGUGCUGCCUCAGUUAUGAUGCCGUAAACAACACCACCCAUGAAGAAGUUCUUGCCAUUGGUCAAAAGAGAGCCGAGGAUCUCAAGGCCAUAGUAAAGAGACUCCUGAAGCUCGUAAGACGAUUACGUCAUUUGAAGCUUGUUGCUGUGAGGAAUUUGAAAUGCCAGUUUCAGUCGGGAAAAGAACUGAGUGAGCUGGAGACAUUUUUUAGUCUCCAUAAGGACAGAGAUAGCAAAGAGUUUUAUCAAAGUGAAACUAUCACAGCUUCCCUGAAUCCUUCCUGGCAGAGCUUCGACAUAAGUAGAUAUGAGGACAAGAUUAACACCACUACUCUCCUUGUCCGUGUGUGGGUCAAACACAAGACCAGCACCUGUCUCCUUUUGGAUUGGAUGGUUGACCUUAACGCACUGGAAUAUCUAGCUAACAAGCUCCAGCAAGACAAGGGCAUUAAAUAUGCACCAAACACUGUGAUCUUUGGAAUGUUUGAUCAUUUUUUCAGAGCGCCAGAUGUAAAAUCUGUGGGAGUGAGUUCUGGAGAUGAUCAGACAGAGACAGCUGCCAAGUCACUGCCUCCAAGCACUCGGUGUUUCUUUAAAGUGGAAAUAGCCAGUACCAAGAAAUCCUACACAUCAAGUUCUCUCUCAAGGAUUUACACUGUCCUACGAGCACUAAAGCAAACCCAAGCUUCAGUGUACAAAGUUCGUAGGUCAAUUGAGGACAAGUUACUGUCUUCACAAGAAACCACCAGAAAAAGGGCCCAGCAUGAGGACCUAAUACUCAAGAAGGAACAGCUCUGUGCAGAGGUCACGUGGAGGACAGCAUCUAUCAAUAAGAUGAAGGACCAAGCUGAUCAACUUCACAGAGCUAACCAAGAUCAAGAUGCAGCAAUGAAGAAGAAUCUUGAAAAGUUGGUAGAAAAAUGGAAAGAGAGGGUAGAGAAGAAAAAGGACUAUGAUCAGACAAGGGAAAAGCUGAUAAAGGAGAAUGCACAACUUUUAAUCAGAAAAAAGCAAUUAGUCAGGGAAUUAGCUACGUGUAUUUAUCCUAUUACUGAGAAGAAAGAUUCUUAUUUUAUUGUUGAUGUGCACUUGCCGAAUUCAGAAGAAUUUCAAGGUAAAGAUGAGAGUAUGAUUGCUGUUUCCCUUGGUUACACUUGUCACAUGCUGUUGAUGAUUUCUAAUAUUCUGGACAUUCCACUAAGAUACUGCAUGGUUCAUCGGGUGUCAAAGUCAGUCAUCCGUGACCACAUCCACACGAAACUGGAGGACAAAGAGCGGGAGUUUCCUCUGUAUUCAAAGGGCAAAGAACAAACUCUCUUCAAGUAUGGAGUGUUUACAUUGAACAAGAAUAUCAGCCAGAUGAGAUUUUACUUGGGGCUUGGAACACCAGAUCUCAGAACUACUCUGCAGAAUAUAAAAUCCAUGCUAGAAUGCAGAUUAGGAUUAAAACCAGAAAGUCAGACAGCUCUGCUACGACCAGUAAGUAGUGAACCGGGAGAAAAGCCAUACAGUGACUUUGACAAAACCGACACUCAAAGCUCUCUCGCCUCAUUUGGGAGAAUGACUGGCGAUUAUCGGAGAGAGCUUAGUGUGCCUCCGUCAGAAGAAUCAACUAGGCAAUCUUCACCCAUUGUUCACGGCAAGGAGGUUGAAGAGGACAUUUUUCAUCCAAGCAGUGAUGAUAAUUUUUUUAAAAUAUCUAAUCCUGUGUCAGAGAGACUGGCAGAUUUUGAUAGUGAAAUCAACAUCAGUGGGCAGGAGCGGGUUCAUAUUCACAAGUCUUGGGACAAUCACCGACAAACCUAUUUUAACGGUGUACAGACCAGUGAUCGUUAUGGUUCAGAGGAGCAGGAUGAGCAUAUCUACGAGACUGUCACAGUGCAAAAAACCAGUGAACUCUCGGAUAAAUCAGAGAGUCAAUCGAAUAGUGUAGUAUCAUGAUUACGGUACUGUUAGCUGUGUAAAUAGGAGAUAAAUAAUGUUACUGAUCAUUAGUACUUAAAGAGUGUGUUAUGUUUACAUUAUACAUGUAUCAAACUCAAAAUGAUGAUUAAAUUAUGAUGCAAAU